UUUGGGCAUUGUUCCCUUCAGAAGAGUUUUUUUUUUUUAUGAAAUGACUCCAAGUCAUGCUACCGUGAUAAAAGCAGCUAACCGAUGAACCCAUAUCAGCUUAGGAAGGACACUAUCUUAUCAGACAAUCUCCGGUGUUAUUUUGGAGAGAUCCCAUGGGAAAGUGAUACACGCUGUGUGUGUGUGUGUGUGUGUGUGAUGUAAUCAGUUCCGCAGCCCCCGCCGGCACCUUAUCACACGCCGUCGCAGCGUUCCGGAAUGGGGCCUGACGCGUGCACCUUGGCCCUUCUGCUGCUGUUCGCGCAGGGCAGCGAUGCGCGCGGGGAGGAAGAGACCAACGCGACGACGCUGCUGCUGCUGCCUGCCACCGGCAGGGGUCAUCACGGCGGUUACGGUCCCCCGUAUCAUGGUGAUUGUGAUGAAGACGACGACUGCAGGCCAGAAGAACAUUGUAUUUAUGGCAUGUGUCGGUGUGCUCGUGGAUUCUAUUAUGAUGGCAGCUGUAAGAGGUGCCCAGGCCUCAACGAGUAUUGCGGAAAUGCCAAAUGCUGCAGUAACCCAUCGUUGUAUUUCUGCGGUGGUGAUCACUGCAGGUGCAAGAUGGGAGAGCCACCCAGUUGUAGGGAACCCUCUUCCAGUAACAUGGGGAAUGUACAAAUGAUGACAGCAUUCCAGGUUAUCCUUGCUUCUGCAUUUGGUGUUGCUUUAUUUGCCCUUUUGAUUCAGUGUUGGAGAACAUGUUGUGGGAAGAAACUUCAGUCUCGGCAGUCAGCCGCACGAAACAGCAGUGGGCCGUCGAUUGUGGGCGUGGAAGGACUGUCCGUGUCCCGCAUGUCUCUGGAGGUGUCGCCAGUCGUGAGGGACGCCCCGCCUCGGUACGACGACCUCAGUCACGUACAGUUCGAGAAGCCACCUCCCUACCAGGAAGUGGUCAGCUCCAGUUCAUCUAUCCAGGUAGGUAGGCCAUUGGAGGAAACGCCACCAUAUGUUUACGCUACGGCGCCGGUGGAAGAUGGCUGCAGGGGCGUAGAGAACUUGGCAUUCAUCGCCAACGAAAACCAAGAUUCGCCUCACGCCAGCUCCGUGCCAGAGGGUGGGGGCGCAGGCCCUGGAGUGGGGGGCGCAGGCCCGGGAGACACCGUGGUCGUCUUGGCCCCGGCCAGCCUGGUGGAUCAGCAUUCCGCGGGCCAGUCGCACGCCAGCUUUCAGGCAGCCGCACCGGCAGAUGGGGUCGUCGUCUGUCAAGUCCACAAGACUGAAUCCUCUAUAUGAAUUACAUUGUAUUCUCGAAUACAUUGUUUAUGUCAACAUUAGGUUUUUAUUAUGGUAUUAAACACCUCUGUUUUCAACCUGUAUUUCAAUGGUGAUUUAGCAAAACAGUGGAGACUUGAUUGGACUAUACAGAAAUUGUAAAAUGUUACUUCAUGGUUUCUUAAACAGUUUAUUUAUUACUGUUCAGUACUGAAGUAUAACCUGGUAGAAGCUGACAAAGCAGUGUUUACAAGAAAAUGUUGUUGAUUAAUGAAGGUUUGAUAUUUUAACAAAUGGACUUGUUCCAAUAAACAACAAACACCUGUAUAUGCUUGACGAAAUACAGCUUACAAGACAAGUUGACAAGCAGAUUGCAGUGAAUUAAACAUGCAUGCAAUGACA